AUCAAAGCCAUACGCAACUUGGCUAGACAGCUUAAAAACAAGAUUUAAGUCUGAAAGGGCAAAAAUGCAUAAUUUGUCAUUAGUACAAGAGCACAAAAAGUUUGGUUCAAAGCUGAAAAGAAAAUAAAUUUUUACCGAUUAUGCGGUAACUCCAAAACAGAAGCGUUCAGAGUUGCAAACAAACAAUAUGGAGGACUUGCUAAGCUGUAGUGCUCACAAAGUAACUAUGUCAAAUGAAUUAAAAAAAACUUUUCCUGAUUUGGCAAAGGUAAGAGAUAGAAUGGCAAAGACUUUCGUGCACAGAAGGAGAGUUAUUCUUAAUUCCACCACGACACAAAUAUUAGAAGAAUAUCCUGCUUUGAGGAUUGCUACAGAGUUGUUAGAAGAAGUACAUAUGAUAACUGAAAACGAUGGAAUAGCUAAAAUAAACCAGUUCUUUACAGCUGAAAGGUCCAUUACAAUUCUAGAGAUGGUCAAGUCAGGGAAAACCAAAGCCAAAAACAACGACUUAUUCAAUAGUAUUAUAGCGGCUAUAGGAUAUGAGUCGAAUAUCAAUAUGGAAGCACAAAAAAUUAAAGCAUCUAUGUUGUGCUUGCCUGCCGUGUUUGGUGAAGCUAUUGAAAGAUGGAUCACGAUAAAUAAGGAAUCAACUCUGAGCACACCAAAAUUAACAAUAACUUGUUUAAACCAAGGAAAUAUUCUGCAUUUUGAAGAUGUGCAUAUUGCUAUUUAUCUCGAUGGUCAAGUUGUUUGUAACGUUCAAAACAUCGAUGAAGCAAUCAAAGUGUUAAUAGCGUGUUAUUGGGUUUUUGAGAUAGCUUUUGAUCCGCAGCUGCAAAAAACAUUGACAUUUCUUCCGAACUAUGUUUGUGGGCUUAGCGAGUACAAUGUUAAUCCUCCGAUUCAGCGUUUGCUGAACAAAUUGUUGUAAAUUAAACGCUGCUAACAAAAUUAAAUAGCUUUUUUCAAUAA